CUGAACUUCCUCACUCCAGCUAGAAAGGUCGCAGCAGCGGCAGAAAUCAAAGAUGGCGUUUCCAUCUCAUUGGACUUGCCCAUCAACCACUUCGCCGCAGUUUCCCGCGCCUUUGGAGGACGGAUGCCACCUUAUCAUGAACUUCAUCAGAUUGACUCGUCAGUCUAUGAGGAUUCCGUCAACCUCAACACUCAGGUCUCCAGUCAAUGGGAUGGCUUUCGUCACUUCGGACUCAGGGUCACACAUCAAUUCUACAACGGCUUCGGGAGCGCCCAUAUCGAAGAUUCGACGGUCCUGGGCACGAACGCCUGGAUCCAAACCGGAGCAAUCGUGGGCCGCGGUGUACUUGUCGACGUUCAUGCAUAUUUCCUGUCUCUGGGCUGGAGGGUCGACCCAAAUGGUGGCUCUCCCAUAACGUUGGAUCAUGUGCUCGACACGCUACGGGCCCAAGGGACAAUGAUAAUGCCUGGAGAUAUCCUGAUAUUUCGAACUGGUUGGCUGGAAUGGUAUAACGAAAGCUCCGAGCAGGAACGAUAUACAGAACUUUGCCAAAGACAUUCGCCUGGAGAGCAUCAGUUCAUUGGGCUGGCUCAGGCAGAAGACUUCAUUGCAUGGUUGUGGGAUAACCAGAUUGCGGCCGUGGCUGGGGAUCAGGUCGCAUUCGAGUGCACGCCUCCUCCAGAAUCAGGGAUUGGAAUGCUACAUGAGCAUUUGCUGGCCGCUUUGGGGUGCCCUAUCGGGGAGCUUUUUGACGUGGAAACUCUGGCCAAAGAGUGCGAGAAGCGGAAGAGGUACUCAUUCUUCUUCACUUCAGCGCCACUUCAUGUAUCUGGAGGUGUGGCGAGCCCUUGCAAUAGUAUAGCCAUCUUGUGA